GCAUUAGUGUUACGUAACAUUCCCCUGUUGGGACUCUCACCUCCCCUCCUCACUCAGAACACGUUCCACUUACCACACUCACUCAUAGAAGCAAACUGAAUUUUAGGACUUUUCCAACAUCGUUAUGAUUUUUCAAGCGCUUUUUGAAUGUAUGGACUUUACCAGCUGGUUGCUGGUGACUUUAGCUGCGUUACUUGUGACGGAUGUGGUCAGAAACUGGAGACCACACAACUUUCCACCAGGACCGUGGGCGCUGCCUAUUCUAGGAAACAUCUUCACAGGACUGGACUUCCAAUCAAUAAAUAAGCUUGCUGAGCAGUACGGUCCAGUGUUCAGCUUGAGGAAAGGCAGCACGAGGAUGGUGUUUGUCUCCGGCUACAAGAUGGUCAAAGAGGCUCUCGUCAACCAGAUGGACAGCUUUGUUGAUCGACCGGUUGUUCCUCUCUUCCACAAAACCUUCAAGGGGAUUGGUAUAGCUUUGAGCAAUGGUUACCUCUGGAAGCAGCAGAGGAAGUUUGCCAACACUCACCUGCGUUACUUUGGAGAGGGUCAGAGGUCGCUGGAAAAAUACAUUCAGGUGGAAAGCGAGUUCUUGUGUGAAGCUUUCAAAGAGGAACAAAGAGGACCGUUCAAUCCCCACUACACCAUAACGACCGCAGUGUGCAACAUCAUCUCCUCUGUGGUCUUUGGACAGCGCUUUGAAUACAGCGAUCAGACCUUUCGAACGGUUCUGGAGCUGGACAAUGAGGCCGUCCUGCUCGCCGGCUCUCCUCUGGUUCAGCUGUAUGAUGUGUACCCCAGCUUACUGGACCACCUGCCAGGACCUCACCAGACUCUCCACAGAAACUACAGGGAGAUCAUGGCUUUCCUGGCAAAGCAAGUAGAGAAGCACCGGGAAGAGUGGAACCCUGAGGACCCCCGGGACUUUAUUGACGUAUACCUGGCAGAGAUGGAAAAGAAAAAGGAGGAUCCCCAGGCGGGCUUUAACAUUGAAACCCUGCUGGUUUGCACUCUCGACCUGAUUGAGGCUGGGACCGAAUCAUCUUCCACCACUUUACGCUGGGCCCUCGUCUACAUGAUGCACCACCCAGAGAUACAAGAGAAAGUCCAGGCGGAGAUCGACCGAGUGAUUGGAGAGUCUCGUCAGCCCGCCGCGGCCGACCGACCCAACCUGCCCUUUACAGACGCCGUCAUCCACGAGAUUCAAAGGAUGGGGAACAUCGUUCCUUUGGGUUUCCCCAAAAUGGCCACUAAAGACGCUACACUGGGAGGAUAUUUAAUACCCAAAGGUACAAGUCUGACGACAGCUCUGGGAUCUGUGCUGUUUGACAAGAAUGAGUGGGCGACUCCUGACAACUUCAAUCCUGAGCAUUUCUUGGAUUCAGAGGGAAAGUUCCGCAGAAGAGAGGCCUUCCUACCGUUUUCUGCAGGUUUGCACAACACACCUUCAGGGAUGCAUAGCACUAAAAGCCAGUGGAAUUUUUCCGUUGGCUUUUCCGGAUAAUGGGACAAAAUAAGCUUGGUGGCAACACAAACGGUUAUGAUACGUUCACCUUUUGUUCAGCAAGAUGA